AUGGAGACUGAUUGGAUGAUAGAAGAACAGACGGCACCUAAGCAGGUGACGUCUCUAACGUCUUUGGAUACCGGUGUAAAACCAGCACCGAGUGGGGCUGCCUAUGUUGCUGAAAGAAACACUUGCCUAAACUACUUCUCAAAAUGGAACGAAACCGAUCAGGUGGAGUUUGUGGAACAGCUGCUGGCGCGCAUGUGCCACUACCAACACGGCCACAUCAAUGCCUACCUCAAACCUAUGUUGCAAAGGGAUUUUAUCAGCAUGUUGCCAAAAAAAGGCCUCGACCAUGUAGCGGAGAACAUCCUAUCGUACCUGGACGCCAGCUCGCUGUGCGCAGCCGAAUUAGUCUGCCGCGAGUGGCAAAGGGUGAUAUCGGAGGGGAUGCUGUGGAAAAAACUGGUGGAGAGGAAAGUUAGGACUGACUCGUUGUGGCGGGGGCUGGCUGAGCGGAGAGGAUGGAUAACUUACCUAUUCAAACCGAAGCCCGGCUGUCAGCAUCCAUCACACUCAUUCUACAGGCAACUCUACCCGAAGAUUAUUCAGGAUAUACAAUCAAUAGAAGAGAACUGGAGAAUGGGCAGGCAUAAUUUACAGAGGAUAAACUGCAGAUCUGAAAACUCAAAAGGUGUUUAUUGCUUGCAAUAUGACGACAAUAAGAUUGUGUCCGGUCUCCGGGACAAUACUAUUAAGAUUUGGGACAGAAAGACUUUGCAGUGUGUAAAGGAGCUCCAGGGUCACACGGGCUCAGUACUCUGUCUUCAGUACGACGAGCGGGCCAUCAUCUCAGGUUCCUCGGAUAGCACGGUGCGCGUGUGGGACGUGAACACGGGGGGGAUGCUCAACACCCUCAUUCACCACUGCGAGGCUGUGCUUCAUCUCCGCUUCUGCAACGGCAUGAUGGUCACGUGCAGCAAGGAUAGAUCAAUAGCUGUAUGGGACAUGACAUCGACGACAGAGAUCAUGCUGCGUAGGGUACUGGUGGGGCACAGAGCGGCUGUCAACGUUGUCGACUUUGACGAGAAGUACAUUGUCAGUGCUAGCGGCGAUAGGACUAUUAAGGUUUGGAACACGUCGUCGUGCGAAUUCGUGCGGACGCUGAACGGCCACAAGCGGGGCAUCGCGUGCCUUCAGUACCGGGACCGACUGGUCGUGUCGGGCUCGUCGGACAACACGAUCCGACUGUGGGAUAUCGAGUGCGGACAGUGCAUACGCGUUCUGGAGGGGCACGAGGAGCUGGUUAGGUGUAUACGUUUUGACAACAAGCGGAUAGUGAGCGGCGCGUACGACGGCAAGAUCAAAGUGUGGGAUCUUCGCGCGGCGCUGGACGUGCGCACUCCGCACCAGGAUCUCUGCCUGAGGACGCUCGUGGAGCAUACCGGCCGCGUGUUCCGAUUGCAGUUCGACGAAUUCCAAAUCGUGUCGUCCUCGCACGACGACACGAUCCUCGUGUGGGACUUCCUCAACUACACGGGGGCUUCGCCCGCGCCGCCAGCGCCGCCGCAGCCGCGGUGGGCCUCGCCGGAGCACGAUCGAGCCUUUUACGACUAG